AGUUAGCGCCUUUUAAGCCCACAACUUUAUCCACCUCACCUUCUUCCCUUUACACAUCCUCCCAGCCUUCUCAGCACCAUUGACCUUCCGAUCACAAAGUCCUUGAUCACCUGUAGCUGCCUUCAAACACAAAAGUCACUACAACAAGAUGGCAGAAAAUCACUCCACCAAAGUUGUGGAUGUCAAAUACAUCGGAGGACACCCGUGGUACCGGGUGACAUGGAAGGGUUUGGGCCCUUCCUAUGACACCUGGGAGCCAACUCGGUGUCUGGGUGUACUAGAGGAUGUCGUCAAGCAGUGGAAAGAGAGGACUAGGCGCAAGCGCAGAGCAUCAAACUCAACUUCCAUAACCAAGCGCCUGAAGUUGCUCAACACCUCCAAGAGAGAGCCCAGCUUAGAAGAAGAAGAAGAAGAAGAGCCCUUUACCAUCUGGGAUUUAGUGGCCGGCGAAAAACCUCCCUACAUCAUGGUGGACAAAAACAAUCAGAAGAAGCCAGGCAUGAUGGCUUCCAAAUCCGCCAAGACCAAGCCAUACGAGCACAAGGAUGAACCGACUCGUCCCGCUGUGCUUGCCAACCCGAAACACCACAAGUUCCUCAAAAAAUUGGCCAAGAUCGAGGGUCCGCAGAUCACUCUUGUCAACAGCGUUGACGACGAGCCAUGUCCUCCUCUUGACUUUGAGUUCAUCAAGGAACUCAGAUUGACUGAUAGUCUGAAGGAGAUCGCGGGGGUCACCACGUGGAACAACAACUUUACUGUCGGUUGCAGCUGUCCGGUGACUGGCUGUGUCGACAAGGAAAAUUGUGAUUGCCUCGAUGAGCUCCCGGAAGAAACCGGCCGCAAGCAGUACGACAAGCAUGGCCGCAUCACGAGGAAUAAUCAAUAUGCCAUCUUCGAGUGCAAUUCCCGUUGCAACUGCGGACCCCAGUGUUCCAGCCGCGUCGUCCAGAAGGGACGCAAGGUCAAGCUGGAAAUCUUUAAGACCACAAACAAAGGAUGGGGCCUUCGCUCUCCCGAGUUCCUCAAGAAGGGCACCUUUGUUGAACUUUACCUUGGGGAAGUCAUCGGUCCCACAGAGACGAGGCGCCGCGCUGACGCCGGUAAUGAGAUGAAUCUCAGCUACUUGUUCGACCUGGACAAGUUUCACGAGCAGGGAGAAGAUGUCCUUGCACAGGAUUCGUGUUGCACGAUAGACGGCCGCGAUUGCGGAGCAGCCUCCAGGUUCAUCAACCACUCAUGCGAUCCAAACUUACUCACGUACGCGGUUACGUCGGAGAGGCAAGAUGGCAAGAUAUACAACCUGGCCCUAUUUACGGCUCGCGAUAUCCAGCCCUACGAGGAACUCACCUUCUCGUACACCAGUGAGAGCGCUGCUCCCACCAAGAAGGUUGUUCCCACCAAAGACGACAAGGAAUCGAAGCCCUGUCUAUGUGGCAGCGACAGCUGCGUUGGAUUCCUCUGGGCUUGAGUGGUCCCGUGUUUUUCUGUGGGGUUUUUUCAAUGGUGGAUCCCUUUCGGCGCUCGAGGUCUCGUGUUUCUUCUGUUUUUCUCCUGUUUUCUGUGGGCAUUUCUUUCAAUGGUGGAUCUCUUUGGGCGUUCGAGGUCUCGGUUUUCGUGUGGUUUUCUCCUUUUUUCUGUGGGAGUUUCUUUCAGUGAUAGACGCGGAGUUCGGUUGAUUGUUCUUUUUCACAUCAUAGUUAGUGAGUUCGGUUAAUUGUUUUUUCUUUCUUCUCAUCAUAGGUAGUGAGAUCGACUAUGUCCGAUCGUCAUAAAUUUUAGCGCAUACAUAUCCCGCCUC